GCCGCAUCAGAUGUCAACAUCGUAUUCGCACAUGUUGACAAAUGCGAUACAAAGUUGCCAUUCUACAUAGUAUGUCAUUGAAGACCACUAGGCUUAUUCGCCAAUAUAAAGACCUUAGUAAAUGCUGUACUCCUGUUCCUGAAAUCAUGCAUACCAAGUUUUAUAUCCCUUUGCUUGGUUUCUACCUUGCAGAUCUUACACGAUGGUUGACAUACCGAAGACCAUGAAGGCAUGGGUCGCCACCCGGGCCGGGAAGCCUCAAGAUAUCCUUGAGUUUAAGACUGACUGGCCGACUCCGACGCCACCCAAAACUGGAGAAAUCAUGGUCAGAGUCUCGUACGCAGCACUCAAUCCCGCCGAGAUCAAAAUAAUGGCCAUGGCAGUUCCGUGCAAAGUGAAUACCGUCGCUGGUAUGGACUUCGUCGGGGAAGUCGUUCAAGUUGGACCGACCACCCCUAAAUCGCCCUCGGAUGUGCGCGUCGGCAUGAUCGUCGGCGGCACGGUGCCAUUAAUGAAUAUGUGGCAUGGUGCCGGCGCAUUAUCUGACUAUCUAGUGGUUCCUGCGCAUGCAGUCGCCGAGAAGCCCAAGGACCUUGAUGAAUCCGUUGCAGCUGGGCUCUUGGGAAUUGCUGGACAGACUAACGCUGUGAUAGUGCGAGCCGCCAACUUGCAUGAAGGCGACAAGGUUUUAAUAAAUGGCGCCAGCGGUGGUGUGGGCUGCAUUUCAAUCCAAGUACUCCGUGGGAUGGGUGUACACGUCACAGCUAUCUGCUCGGCGAAGAAUGAGGCCUUCGUUCGAAGGCUAGGUGCUGAGGAAGUUAUAGACUAUAACGUUCACAAGUCCCUCCCCGAGUACCUCGCUUCUGUGUGUGCGGAACCAGGAGCCAGGCCUUUCGAUGCCAUCAUCAACGCUAUGAACAAUGAACCGCUAUAUAACCAUUCUCCGAAAUAUCUGAAACCCGACGGAAAAUAUCUAGACAUUGAAGGAGGUCCUCUUGGAUUUUUGAAGCUCAACAACUGGUGGCCCGUGAUACUCGGAGGGACGCCACGCACACGCAUAAAUAUUAUGAGCAACCCAAGCGGCGAUUCAGCUAAGGAUGCUGCGGCAUGGAUUGAGAAGGGAUGGAUUAAAGAGGUUCCUAUCGACUCCACCUUUGAAAUGGAAGACGCUCUACAGGCUUACGAAAGAAUGGCAUCACACAGAGCUACUGGGAAGAUAUUCGUGAAGGUGAAGUAAAUAAUCGCAGCACUGUUUAGUUUAGUUACUCGGACGAUUAUUACAUAUUGAGUCGAAAUGAACUUUGUAUGGUUGAAAUAGUGUUGAUUAAGCACUUGGUGAUCCCUAUUAGGACGAGGUGGACUCUAGUGAAAGGGGGAAGACUAACCUAGGAAAUAACCCCCAUUAUAUCAAGUAAUAAGAUUAUAUGCACCGAUUUCAAGGAGUUAGAUCAUGCAUUCUAGGUUCCUUACUUUAUUAUAGACUCACAUUAGCAUGUAUGAGAUGAUGCGAAUCCAAAACUCCC